CUGUCGCGUGAGUAUGACUGGAUGUCCGAGGGCUCGUACCUAGCUACCUUUAUUAGACCUCUCGUUAGUUAGUGCAGUCGGACGUUCAUGUGCGAUUCAUGUGGGCCUGCUUAUAGGAUUUCGAGAUGGCUAUCACUAAGGGGACCUGCUCGUGGUGUUUUGGAAAGGGGCAUGAGAGCCUCCCAUUAUAGCUGUCUCUGUGUGGACACGACCGCCACCGUGGAAGAAAACAGCAGUUCAUGGCGCCAGGCCUACACAAACUCGGGCUACAACCCCUCUCCAACAUCACCCGAACAGUUGUGCAAGGCCUGUGGUGGCCAAUUUGACACAUCAAGAAGGAAUGCGUGUGUGGACUGCAGAAACCUCUUUUGCAGCCGCUGUUGGGAGCAGCCAGAGCUGCUCAGGCCCCAGCUGUGCCCCACGUGCCAGCGAUUCCACAGCACAGGGUUCGAGCGUGCCGAGCUCAUGCGGCUGAAGGUGAAGGAGCUGCGUGACUACCUGCACCUGCACGAGGUCUCCACGCAGAUGUGCCGUGAAAAAGAGGAGCUAGUGGAGCUGGUGCUAGACCAACAUGCCCCAACCACAAGUAGCUGUAGCACCGGCAGCAGCAAUUCCGUCUCUCAGGCUGGUGCUGCUGCAGACCCUUGCCUGCCAGCCGAGGAGCUUGAGCCUCUCACUGAGGAGGAGGAGGAGGAGGAGGAAGAAGAAGGUGAAGGUGAAGAUGAUGAAGACGACGACGACGAUGAGGAGUCCACAGACAGUGAAGAGACCCUGGUGCACAGCCGCAGGGCCUCUCUGUCAGAUCUGAGCAGCGUGGAAGACAUUGAGGGCCUCAGUGUGCGGCAGCUAAAAGAAAUCCUGGCACGCAAUUUCGUCAACUACAAGGGCUGCUGUGAGAAGUGGGAGCUAAUGGAGAGGGUCACACGGCUCUUUAAUGACCAGAGAGACCUCCACAACCUGGUUUCAAAUACCAAAAAGGAAACCAGCACAGCGGAGCUGGCUGAGCCCGUGGGCCAGGAGGAGAACCUGUGUAAGAUCUGCAUGGACUCGCCCAUUGACUGCGUGCUGCUGGAGUGCGGCCACAUGGUCACCUGCAGCAAGUGCGGCAAACGCAUGAGUGAGUGCCCCAUCUGCAGGCAAUACGUGGUACGCGCCGUCCACGUGUUCAGGGCCUGACGCCAGGGCAGCAAGGAACCCAGGAGCCUGCAUGCACAGAGCUCCUAUAGAGGAGGUGUGCACCCCACCUUCUGCUGCUCUUGGGAACUCACGGGAGUCUUGGGGAUUUGCCCUCCCUUUGGUUUGAUUUCCUAUAUUUCCAUUCUUGCUGAGAGUUUUUGUUGUUGAUGUUUUGAUUGGUUUUGUUUAGUCCAGGGGUUUAGCUCCUGCUCCAGCCUAGCAGAUUGUAUGUGUUGAUCAUUUGAUUUCCAAGAUUGUUUGCUUUCCCAUUGCUGUCCGCUUUGCCUUGUCUAUCUGUACUUGCGCAUUGACACAGGGCUGAUUAACAGGGUUCAUGUUGCGUUUUGAUAACUACAUUUACUCUCUUGCCAUCUCUGCAAUACUGUAUUUUACACACUGUGUUUUAUCAGAUGUUCAGCAAUUUAUCAGUGCUUUGAAGUCCAUGCAAAGAUAUGGCUACAGCUACGCAAGCCAACUUUUCAGCUUCAGAGAAACAGCUAGUGUGUGGUCUUCGUGCACACUUCUGUGCAACUUUCAGGCUUCUGGAUCUCGAGCCUUACCUCUUCUGUUCCAGCUUUUUCUUGCCCACUGUCUCUCUGUGGUGCGUUUGCACACAGAGACGCAUGGUGCUCAGGUGGGGCCACAUCACUGCAAAACCGCAACAGCCAAACUGUUAGUCUUUGGCAUGAUUAGACGAGCUGUCGUCUCCAUUGCUUCUUAUGCACAGUUCUGCUAACCUAAUGGUUUCCGGAUGGUUCCGUGGUCUUCCCUCAAAUCCACUCAGCUGUAACACUAGCCUUGUCUGUGAUAGGUAUAAGGUGCUCUUAUUACUGCCCACGCAUCCAUGUA